AUGUCACUGAGUACUGAUAGGCAACCUCUAGGGAGCAGCGUGAUCAAGCUGUGGCAGGUGGACUGCACGUUGCGCACAGAUGUUCCCAGUGGAAGCGAUCCGGAGGAGGAUGAAAGUGGACGACAUCGUCCCGUGAACUCGUCUUUGCCACUGAAAGUGUUCAACAACUACUUCUCCCUGGGAGCAGAUGCGGCCACUGCACUGGAAUUUCACGAAAGCAGAGAAGCGAAUCCGGAGAAGUUUAACAGCCGUUUGAAGAACAAAAUAUUCUACGCCGGAGUAAGUGAACGCACAGUCCCAGACGUGUCGAUUGUGUGA